AGCCCUUGUUUGGAGUUAUUGAAGGCGUGAGUGCUGGUCUGUUUUUAAUUGGUAUGCUGGUGGCUCUUGUUGCCUUAUUCAUCUGUAGACAGAAGGCAAGCCAUGGUCGAGAAAGGCCUUCUGCCCGCCUGAGCAUUCGUAGGGAUCGGCCAUUAUCUGUCCACUUGAAUCUGGGCCAGAAAGGUAACCGGAAAACUUCUUGCCCCAUAAAAGUAAAUCAAUUUGAAGGGCAUUUCAUGAAACUGCAGGCUGACUCCAACUACCUUCUAUCCAAGGAAUAUGAGGACUUAAAAGAUGUUGGUCGAAACCAGUCAUGUGACAUUGCACUCUUGCCAGAGAAUAGAGGGAAAAAUCGAUACAACAAUAUAUUGCCCUAUGAUGCCUCUCGAGUCAAGCUGUCAAAUGUAGAUGAUGACCCUUGCUCUGACUACAUCAAUGCCAGCUACAUCCCGGGUAACAACUUCAGAAGAGAAUACAUAGCUACUCAGGGACCGCUUCCUGGCACUAAGGAUGACUUCUGGAAAAUGGCGUGGGAACAGAAUGUUCACAACAUUGUCAUGGUGACCCAAUGUGUUGAGAAGGGCCGUGUAAAAUGUGACCAUUACUGGCCAGCGGACCAGGACUCCCUCUAUUAUGGGGACCUCAUCCUGCAGAUGCUGUCAGAGUCAGUGCUGCCUGAGUGGACCAUCAGGGAGUUUAAGAUAUGCAGUGAGGAGCAGCUCGAUGCACAUAAACUCAUCCGUCACUUUCACUACACAGUGUGGCCAGACCACGGAGUCCCUGAGGCCACUCAGUCCCUAAUCCAGUUUGUAAGAACAGUCAGGGACUACAUCAAUAGAACUCCAAGUGUCGGGCCCACUGUGGUGCACUGCAGUGCUGGUGUGGGUAGAACUGGAACCUUUAUUGCAUUGGACCGAAUCCUUCAACAAUUAGACUCCAAAGACUCUGUGGACAUUUAUGGAGCAGUGCACGACCUAAGACUUCACAGGGUUCACAUGGUCCAGACUGAGUGUCAGUAUGUAUACCUACAUCAGUGUGUGAGAGACGUUCUCAGAGCGAGAAAGUUACGGAACGAACAAGAAAACCCCUUGUUUCCAAUCUACGAAAAUGUGAAUCCAGAGUAUCACAGAGAUGCAGUCUAUUCAAGGCAUUAAGAAUGUAGCCAAAGAUUCCUGGAUAAAAGUUUCUCACUGUGUGAUUAAAAAAAAAAAAAAAA